AUGGUGAUGAUGCUUGCACUAAACAGAGAGAAGAUUACUAGUACCAUACCAAAACCCCAAAAGAUCAGAAUGACAGGCUCUGGUUCUCCUUGUGGUGCCUGCAAGUUCUUGAGAAGAAAAUGUGUAAGGGGUUGUGUUUUUGCCCCUUACUUCUGUCAUGAACAAGGUGCAAGCCAUUUUGCAGCAAUCCAUAAAGUCUUCGGUGCCAGCAAUGUGUCGAAGCUCCUAGCUCACCUCCCGGUGAGUGACCGCUGUGAAGCUGCUGUCACGAUUUCGUAUGAAGCUCAAGCUAGGCUUCAAGAUCCCAUUUAUGGAUGUGUUUCACAUAUCUUCUCUCUCCAACAGCAGGUUGUUAAUCUACAAGCACAACUAGCUUCUCUAAAGGAACAAGCAGCUCAAAGCCUUCUCAGUGGCUCCAACAGUACAAACUUUAAUGAUAGAUUCACUGGAAAAUGCCCUUCUUACCCACUGGAUGUUCAAAGUUGGUUCCAGUCAGAAUUUUUUAGCAUGAUGCCCCAAUUUGAUCCCAACUUAACCGGUGGUAUAGGAAACAUGCCAUAUUGUGAAGACGGGUCCAUCAAUCUGGGAANGUUCCAGUCAGAAUUUUUUAGCAUGAUGCCCCAAUUUGAUCCCAACUUAACCGGUGAUAUAGGAAACAUGCCAUAUUGUGAAGACGGGUCCAUCAAUCUGGGAAACUAUGAAAAUUCAGUCCUCCCAGAAGAUAAUAUCUCAUUUUCUAACUUGGAAGAAGCUUCUCAUUCCAUGGACUCUCUCCAUGAUGUACAAACAAACAGCAAGCUAUGGACUUUCUGA